UUUUACUCCCAGUCAGUCCCUGAUUAUAUGUCUACUUUCUGAAAAUGGGUGGGGCUUGGCCUCAACUGGCCCCUCCCACUUGAGCUUUAGUCCUGUUCAAACAAACUAUGAAUCAGACACACAGAGAUGGAGAGACACGGUGCUAACUGGACCCUUCUCCUGGUGCUGUGUGGCCUCCUGCCACUGAACACUCAGGCUGGCAGGCAGAUGCCAAAACUCUCGGACAACAAGCUAUGCGCCGAUUCAGAGUGUAGCCAUCCCAUUCUCAUCGCUAAAGCUCUGCAGGAUUAUUACCCACAAGACUGCCGCUUCAUUCACAUCCACCAAGGCCAGUCUGUCUAUGUGUAUGCCAUGCUGAAAGACCGUGGGAACCUCUUUUGGGCUGGCAGUGUUCAAGGGUCAUAUUAUGGAGACCAGGAAGCUCGUCUGGGAUAUUUCCCCAGCAGUGUUGUUGAAGAGACGCAUGCCUUAAUGCCUGCUGAGGUUGAGGUCAAGACUGAUAAAUGGGACUUUUACUGCUAUUAGGAUUGCUGUCUCGGCUGGAACAUAAACAUAAUUUUUGAUUCCACUCUGCACUUUAUAGUGUGUCACUACAUUUAUUAUUUCUAGUAGGCAACUCAACUUAAAGAUUUCUAACUAUUCAGAAGAGGAAAACAUAUAGACCAGUGACUGUAUACUGUAAAUGCUUGUUGAUGCAAUAGUUUGAAUAAAGCUGAGCUGCUGCUAUUUGGCUGCUACUCUCGCAAGUGGUCACUGUUUGU